AGGGUUUUCCUCAAGACGAAAUCUUCAAAUCAGGAACUACUGAAUUUAGAGCAAAGGUCCAAAUCCUGCGUAUUGUCUCCGCUUCUAGUCCUUAGGUGGUCAGCUGAAAUGGCCUCUCAUCCACCAAUGGAGUGUGGGAUCUGUCAUGAAAUUCUAGACGGGGAAGAGCGUUGUCCCCUCCUGCUUCCUUGUUGCCACUCUGUCUGUGCAGCCUGCAUCAGGCAGCUCAUUGAUAAUGACUCAAACUCAAACUCCUGUCCCUUCUGUCGUAAGGCUUUCACUGGUACAUCUACAAAGUCCUUUAGCCCUAAUUUCGCCUUGCUUGAUAUGCUGAAAUAUGUCAAAAGAUCACAAGAGUACAGUGAACGUCCUUUGCCCAAAAUGAGGAAGAGAAGAGCUUUUGAGGAGUGGUUCAAGGGUAUUGAAAAUGACACUGACAAAAUUUGUAGAGAAAACAAAGUAACUUGUUGCGAUAUUGAAAACUUAAUGGAAAGACUUACAAAACUAGAGACAGUACUAAGAGUCGCCAAUAGAAAGAUAGAUAACGAAAUUACAAGAGACUUGAUGGAAACCAAGAAAGCCAAUGAAAAGUUGGUCAGAUACAUCCAAGAAGUGAAUGAGAACCUGAAGAGUUUCCUCUCCGAGGCUAAAGGAAGACAACUUGACUUGGAAGAGGUACAAAGCAACUUGAAGCCAACUGAGGAUUUCAUCUCAUCAUCUCAGUUGUUGGACGAAACGGAGAAAAGCAGUCACAGAUGGAAGGAGGAAUUGAUGAGAGAAAAGGUGCUGGUAAAUGGAUAUAAGAAACAUACCAAUAUAAUAGCCAAGGUGGCGGAGAAACGUAAGAGCAACUUGACUGUUACAAGCGGAGCCCUGUCAUCAUGCCUAGCACUGGAAGAAGGAGAGGUGGAAUUUCUGAAAAGUCUGAAUGAAAAAAUUGUAAUGUUACAUUGGACCAACAGCAUGGGGUGUAUGGCAGAGGAAAAUUUACAGAAGUUUGUCAGUGCAGUUCAAAGGGCAGUCGUCUUCUUAGCGGGCAACAGCAGAAUGUUGAGGUCUUUGUUUGAGGAAAAGUUGCCGAUGUUGGGUGCUACAGUUCACGAUGCUGUCAUUCCGCCUCUGAGGAAAAGCAGCAUAUUGAUGCUUUUGCUUGAGAAAAAGCAGCAGAUGUUGGAUAAAGCAAGUCAUUCAACAUGGAAUUACCAGGCAUGGACAAAUUCAAUAUGGAGUUACCAGGCAUGGACCAGGAUGAGGGAGAAUACCCAAAGAGGAGAAUAAAUCUGAGGCCUUUCAAAGCACAGAAGAUUACAGCGAUUUGAUGAAGGGAAACAAGAGAGAACUUAUCGACAAAAGAUUCAAAAUAGUGCUGUAGUAUCCAUUAUACCAAAACUAUAUAUGAGAUUAGAACCAUUUGAUGUUCUGAAAGCAACUCAUAGAAUUACUGUUCACAAGUACUCUUAAGGUCAUGUAGAACUGAAUCAGGCCCUUCGCGGUUGAUUUUCAAUGUUAUGAAUGUAAUGUAAUCUUAAAGUUCUUUUGUCUGCGGUGAGAGAUUGAGUCUUAUAGCACUCUUUCUUACCUUUUAUUAUUUGGAAAACGUUGACUUUCCCAUGGUCAUAUUUCUUUGCUAAUUUAAAUGUAAAGAGAAAAAGUUCAUAUUCUAAAUUCUCUGGGUGUGAGGAGAUAUGUGUGACAAAAUUUUGGCAAGUAUUUUCAAUAUUUGGUGUUAAAUGGACACCUUGUUAUUCUGUACAUUCCUUAGAAGGAUACCACCCACCGUGUUCCUUAGGUGGCACACUGAGCAGCUUUCCUUGUGACCCAGUUGCCUUGCUUUCCACAUUUUCCUUCCCAUCUCCUUCCAGUAAAUUCUUGCCAGAAAGUUGUCAAGCUUUUUCACAUUUCACUUUGCGGGUCUUACAAAACAAAUCCUUCCAGCUAAGUAUUAGAGUCGGGAAACGUGACUCUCCAGCUAACCAUGAAUGAAUAUUUCAUGAAGAAAGAGUUUAAAUUUUGAUACAAGUGUACAAGUUUUCUUUAUUUCUGUUUAAAGAAUGUGGUUAACAGGAAGUAGUAAUGUUUUGUUUGUGUGUACACAUUAUAUAUGUAUAACAGGACAGGCCAGGGUGUAUGAUUUUACUUUGGGAAUA